AAUAAACAAACCCGUCUAAUUUGUACAGACAACAAAUUAAUCUGCAGUCUUUAUCUCGACGUGCGCCAGAGCGCAAGUUAAAGGUGUUGUUGAGUUUAUUGAAAAUAUAUCACAAUGAGUAUUAUUAAACAAGUUCUUUCUACAUUUAUAAUAACUUACACAUGUACGACCUUGGGUCUACUAUUCACACUACCAUCUUCUACUAUCAAGCUCUUUAGUUCAGAGAACACGCCACUAAACCGAGUUAUGACACAGAGUGAAAUUUCACUUAUGGGAAGUAUUUCGCCUGCUAGCACGCUUAUAGUAACCCUAUUUAGUGGUUAUCUAUUGGACGUAUUAGGAAGGAAGCGUGCCUUAAUUAUUUUAUUUUCGCCACAAUUGCUGGCCUGGAUAUUAUUGGUUACAGUAAAAAGAGUUGAAGGGGUUAUUUGUGCGAUGUCUCUCUGCGGUCUUGGUGGCUCUAUAUUUCCCAUCAUUCCGGUCUACAUCAAUGAGUUUUCUGAACCAUCCAUCAGAGGAGCCCUGAGUUCCAGUGCUGUAAUCUUCCAUGGAUUAGGAAUGUUAUUAUCUUAUGGGCUAGGUGGUAUGGUACACUAUAAUACAUUGAACUAUAUAGGACUAAGUUUGGCCGUCAUUGGUAUGGUAUUGAUCUUCUUUUUAAAAGAAUCACCCUUGUAUUUAAUGAGGAAGGGUUUGGAUAAGGUAAGGUUUAUUCUUUUAGUGAAAUCGAAAAGUACUAGGUGUAUCACAGGAAUAUAUGCUGGAUAUUACACGUUUCAGGAAGCUGCUAAAUCCAUUGCCUAUUAUAAAGGAGUUGAGCUUGAUUCUAUAGAAGUCAUAACACAUCUAGAGAACUUAAGACAACUUAUAAAAAACAGUGACAUAAAAUUAAAUGACAUCCCCGAAAUGGAGAACUUAAAUCCGGAAACGAAAGCAACUCGGAAAAAUGUAUCAAUUUUAAAAUUUUUCGGAAAUUCACCUUCUUCUCGUCGUGCAUUUAUUGUACUACUCGUUCUUUUCACCACAUGUGUAUUUCAAGGCUUGACUGUAGUACAAGUAUACGCAGACCCACUAUUUGCGAAUGCAGUUCCGAGCAUGUCAUCAACUGUAUCGUCCGUUUUAUUUGGCUUGACAAUGAUAAUAACUGGCUUCUUUGAAGCCCUCUUAAUCGAAGCAGUUGGCCGAAGAGCGUUACUAAUAGGCUCUUCACUUGUCACUGGUCUGUUGUGUCUUAUUUUAGGGACCCAAAUACAAUGUCAGUGGGGUCCAGGCUGGUUGACAGCAGGUUUCAUUUAUAUUUAUGCCAUGACUUAUACUUUUGGCGCUGGUGUAGUACCUUACGUUUUAAUGGGAGAGGUAUUUCUUCCUCAGAUCAAAAGUUUUGCCACCACCUUUAUUUUUGAGUGGUCUUAUUUUUGUACCUUUAUAAUGCUUUUUAUGUUUAAUCCACUCUUCAACGCUUUUGGUCUGGGAGCAAUCUUUUUUAUUUUCGCCGGUUUUUCUUUCUUCACGGCGGCAUUCGCCUUCUUUUAUCUUCCAGAAACAAAAACCUGGUCAGUAGAUGUAAUUCAACAAAAAUUUAUGGAAAGGAAAAUAUUUUAAGUAAUUACUGUUAUAUUGGACUUAGGAAUUUUUACUUGAAAUCAGUGUCGAGUGAAUUAAAAUAAAAUAAUGUGACGAUUCUUGAGCAUAAAAAACCAUGAGAAUUAAUAUUUUAAAGAACAUUGUAGAUAUCAUUUUAUAUAACAUAGAUCUAGGUAAACUAAUUUAUAAUUUCUACAUAAUUAUUUAUAUUUGUUAAGAACUCUCUUUCAACGAUAUUUUGUUUCUUAUAUUUUUAUUAUAUAUAAUUUAUUUUGUGAAAUACUUUGAAGGCUUUGCUUAUAUUUAUACCUUUUGUUUUUAAUAAAUCUUAAUCAUCCAACCUGUAUUUUUUGAAUAUGUAUAAUUGUGACGUAGGUCUUUAAAUCACAGAAUAUUUUAAACACCUUUUCUUAAUAGCGUUGGCAUUUGUGAAUACUAUUAAAUAGCAAUUCCAUUUAUCAAUAAAUUUUUAAUUCUAAAAGUAAUAAACAUUUGUUUUAACAAUAUAGAAUUAAAUACAUUUCCUAUCUAUAUAUCAUAUUUCCAUUGGGAUCUCCAACCUCCUACGAUAGCAACACACUUCAGGAUGAUUUCAAAGGUGGUAGAGCCUAGCUGUAGUCAUGUAACUACAGAUCGAACAUGGGAUGGCUCGACCGGGGAGGUACCACCCACUCACAGAAGAUCGGCGUGAAGUAGACUUUAAUGGCUGCGUUUCGUCCGAUGAGUGGGAAAGCCGGUUGCCCUUUACCUAAUCCCACCUUCUCCUGAUAUUCCCUUAUUCCCAUCCCUCCCUAUUCUUGAAAAAUCAAGGUUGGCAAUCUUGGUCCAUGGGCGACGGUAGCUACUGCCUACCAACUAGGCCGUCUUCCCAUUUGUCACCUUUAACAUAAAAAAACAUAUUUCGAGACGCGUUGAUAUAUCCCAACGCGUUAAUAGUCAAAGCGUGCAAAGAUUUUCCGGUCUGCACACUCCCCGAUAAGUAAGAUGUCCUUUUGAACACUGACGACAAAAUAGCAAGCGACAACACAGACAUGAAAACCCUCAGGACAAACCAGCAUACACCGUCUUCGCCAGCGAAGACCAUAUAACGGUUCAUUCAUGUUGGACCGGCGUUCUGUCAUCGGAGGACGUCAUGCAGUCGUAUCACCUGAUGAGGCCACCCUUCCUUCAACGAGGUCCUAUGUAGAGGUAUGGCCUUUUAAUGAUACCUUUGGGGUGGUAGCACCGUCCCCUACCCCGAGCUCUCCAGGCCCUAAUUUAACGGUUAGGUUCCAUCGGGCCACCCACUCCUUCUGGUGACGCUGACAAAUCCAUUAUGACUAACAGAUACAGUCAAGUCGAAACUAAAUUUACAAAACUGGUAUAGUUAGUCUGUCCUCGGAUUGGACCCAAUACAGAGCUCUCAGCUCCCUCCAAAAUGAUGUUCACAUAACUAUAAUAAUCAUUGUUUUAGACACUGCUAUUACAGCUCUCCCUUUGCUAUAACUUGGAUACAAUUAUAUACAUAUGUUCACUAGUGAGAAAACAAAUUAGAUGCAGAGUAAACAGAUUAACAUAUAUCACUCAGAUAACUUCCUUUUAGAUUUGAAAUAUAUUUUGGUUAAUCAAAUAUAAUCUUGCAACGGAACAUUUUUAAAGCACAAAUCACUUCUAUGGCACUGGUUAUGGUAAUUUAUUUAUUCAUAUUUAAAACGAUUUGUUAAAAGUUGGUACAUUGAUAUAGCUUUAAGGGUUUAUUGGUUUAUUUCAAAAUUAAAGAUCUGAUUACAAUCCACAUGAGAUAUGGCAUUCAGGGACAUGAUAUUACGUUCAUGCUUUUAAAGAUUUUCCUUUAAAUAUUUGAUUAAAAUUUAAAAUGAACUUACAUAACUUAAGACCAAAAUUUGAUUUAGAAAUUCUUCUUUCGAUUCCUUUUAAUGAAAUAUAUGUAUUUAUUGUUUAUUCUAAUAUAUAUUUAUUAAAAGAGUCAAUCAUAAUUUUUAUUUAUUAAAUGUAUUUUAGUGAAUAAUAACAUCAAUAUACUGAAUUCUAUGAA